GCUGCGGCCGCUGGGUGCAUUUGCAUCGCCGCGGGCGAACUGGGCGUGCAGCUUUUCACGGAGGAGCGCGCUCUGGAUGCGGGGAGGGCGCGACCACUUUGAAGACUCGUCUCUCCCCCAUCCCGCUCUGACUAAAUACGGAGGGAUCAGAUACCAAGAAGCGGCAAUUUGUAUCGUUUAAAAAGAGUGAGAUAACGGGGCAGGGCGAUAAAACUAGAAAUCCAAGGCAGUGCCUUCAAAGAAGAAAAAGAAGUUUGUUCAGUCUGGCCAUAGAAGAUGCUUUAACCCACCACAUAAUAAUUUGACUAUACGAUUUUUAAAUGGAUUGAUAUGAUUACGACAGCAUUUAUCCAAUGGCAACGCAAAACGGACACCAAGGAUCUAGCAUUAUUACCAAGUCAUCAAACGAUACCUAACACAAGAGAAAAUACUCCUGCUAUCUCUCCGGUGGUCUUCGGAGAAAGACUGUGUCAUCGUAGCAUUUUUUCCCAUUUAAAUACGAACUUGGAGGGUGUGAGAGCCUGUUGCUUUCUGGAAACGUACCUACCUUAAAUAUCAGGGUUUUCCCCUCACCUCCUGUCUUCCUGCACCUCUUCCCUCACACGUCACCCCCAAGCCCCCUCCCGCUUCCAGACCGGCUGGAGGAGUGUCUCGCUCAUACCCUCUGCCUCUCCCAGCUGCUUGGGGACUGAGUCCUCCCAGGAGCAUGCCGGUAUCCCAUCAUGCCACUGCCCGCAGACCGGCUGCUGCGCCACUCGGUGGUCACGUGUCUGCUGCUGCACAGCUUGGUGCUCAUGGCCUUCUGCUUCCACCAUGCGGCCACCAGCUGCUCCAAGAGGUGCUACUGCUCCGAGAGCGAGACCUGGGGGAAGACGGUGCGCUGCAGCAGCCUGCGCCUCACCGAGGUUCCCCAGGACAUCCCUAACGACACCCGCCGCCUCUACUUGGACUUCAACCUCCUCACCACCAUUCCAACCAACACCUUCCUGGAGCUCCCUUUACUCAGCGAGCUUGAUCUCUCCCAUAACGAACUGGUCCAGCUGGAGCCCGGGGCCUUCCAAGGCCUCACAGAGUCCCUCCAGGUCCUGGACCUGUCCUCCAAUAAGCUCAUGACGAUUAACCCGGAAGCCUUUGCACACAUCCGGGCCCGCGCCAACCUCACCUACAACCCGUGGCACUGCGACUGCAACCUGCAGAGGGUAAUGCCCCUGCUCGACCUGGAGCCCGCCUCUCUAGCCGGCAUCGUAUGCCAGACCUCAGAACCCGAGGACGUGGGGGCCCAGGGGACACCCUUCCUGCUGGCCAAGGACCUGGACCUCUGCGUGGUGCUGAAGAAGACCACCGACGUGGCCAUGCUAGUCACCAUGUUUGGUUGGUUCACCAUGGUCAUAUCGUACCUGGUUUACUACGUGCGGCACAACCAGGAAGACGCUCGCCGCCACCUGGAGUACCUCAAAUCCCUGCCCAGUAAGCAGGGCAGGUCAGAGGAGUCUUCCACCAUCAGCACUGUGGUGUAGGGCAGGGAUUCUCAGCAUUUCUGCCCAUCUGUUGCCCGUUACAAAGUGUUGGGGGGGCCCCCCGGGGGGGUCCUCCUUGGCAAUUUUUGCCGACCAUCAGAAAGUUGCUCUCGGUAGUGUUUUUUUUUGGCUGGCAAAAUGUAUUCACCAAACCACAUUUGCCUGAUAUAGAUUUUGGGCCCACUAGAGGCUGCUUGCGGAAACCAUGGACCAGCAGUUGAGAAACCCUAGUGUAGGGGAACCUGGAGCACUGGGGGGGGCAGCCUCUGGACUCUGGGGUCCUGGUGACGCAAUGAGCCGGUUGUACCGCAGCGGCGGCUAAACAUGGUUUACCUUUGCACUGGUGUGGAGGGUGUAGUGCCUCCGAGAGCCCAUGUAGGAAGUAGCGGGCUAUCUAAUUCAGAUUAAUAAUUCAUCCCGGAGCAGCCUAUUAAGAUCCCGCAGUGGCUGAGUGGCUCCCCUACUGCAUGUGCUCAGGAAGUGAAGACACAAACCACAAGGGUCUCGUGGCUGCAGUGUUCGCUCAGUGCUCCAUCUUGGAAAGCUGCUCGAGAGGCCAACCGAGAUUCCUGGCAAUUCCAGCAAUACGUUCCCCCCUCCCCAGGAGUAAAGACUGACCGCACACUUAUUAUCUCCCAGAGCCCUCCUUCCAGUAUCAGAUUGUCUUUCCAUAUAUUGUCAUGGUGAACCAAGAUCACACAUGUAUGAACUGGAUGCUGCCGUGUUCAUGUCUCCAGUCAAUCUUCCUUUUUUUGAUUUUUUUUUGUUGCAUUGGAUACAGUGUUUAUAACAAGUUUUAACUUUAAUGUCAGUUAAAAUGUAAAUAAACCAAACGGAAGCUUCUCCUCGUCCGUCUUGUGA